AUGCUAGACCUACAAUUAUACACAGCCCGCUAUGCUGGAAAUUACCUCUUACGCAAUGUAUCUAAAUUCAAGCAUGUACAAGGAAUAUCAAUUACUACAAACAAUUUAAUUCUACCAACGAUCUCAAAAAAGCAUCAUACAUUAUUUCUAGUCGAUUUGGAUUGUAAUGAAACCGUAAAACUUCUACAAGAAGCCAAUCAACUACAACUAUUUAAAGAUCCAUAUCGAUGGAUUAUUUUAUCCGUCCGAAAUAUAUCAUUAUUUGAUUCGUUUAAUAUUUAUUCAAAUAGUGAUGUAAUUUUGGUUAAUCAUACUUUUGGAUUAUUACAAUUGUAUAAAAUUGGUGUUAUUUCUCCAUUUAAAUAUGAAGAUUAUGGUCAAUGGAUGCCGGAAAAUAAAACAUUAAUCGAUCAUCGUUCAAUAAAAAUUAUUUCACAGCGACGACGUAAUUUAGAACAUUAUCAGCUUAAAACCGCUGUAUCCGUUUUGAAUAAAAAUAGUCCAGCACUUUUCGGCACAUAUAAAAAACCACAUAUCGAUACAAUUGUGAAAUCGAAUUACAUACUAAUGCAAUUACUUUAUGAAAUAUUAAAUUGUACAGCCAAAUAUGUAUUCUAUGAUGAAUUGGGUGCACCCGUCUAUGCGGGAACACCACCGAAAUUUAUGUUUAAAAGUAUUGCUGAUGGAGAAGUUGACUUAUCUGGAAAUAGUUUUUUAACAUUAGAAAGUCGUUUGAUGGUAAAAUUUAUAGCACCUACCGGUCCCGUCAGAAUUACAAUUCUAUUUCGUAAACCACGUUUAUCAUAUGUUGAAAAUUUAUUUACAUUAACUUUCGAUAAAUCUACAUGGAUUGCAAUUAGUGUUUUAGUUGUAUUAUCGUUAAUUUUCCUCUACGGAGUGAUUCGAAUGGAAAAUAAAUAUAAAAGAUUUCAAUAUAAUCAUUCGGAUACUAAUUAUGGAUUAAAUGGGAUUCAAGCGGGAUUAAGUGAAAUCAUUUUAAUAACAAUUGGAACAAUUACCCAACAAGGUAUAGAACGGGAACCUCGAACUACAUCGUCUCGUAUGGUUUUAUUUAUGUUAUUAAUGUCGUUAAUGUUUAUUUAUACGGCUUACACGGCUAAUAUUGUUGUAAUAUUACAAUCGACCAGUCAAAGUAUUCGAACAUUAAAAAAUCUGGCUGAUUCAAAAUUAAAAUUUGGUGCUGAGGAUUUUCAAUUACGACCACAUUUUCUAAAUAUCACCAUACCAGAAAGGCAAUAUUUAUCAGAUCGAAAAUUAAAAAAUUUACCAGAUAAAGAGAAAUUUUUGUCAUUGGAAGGUGGUAUACGUCGAUUGCGCGAGGAACCAUUUGCUUUUGCAACGUUACCAACGAUUGCUUAUCAUAUAGUUGAACAAACAUUUUUCGAUUAUGAAAAAUGUCAAAUCUCUGAAAUACAAUUUUCUAAUGGCGUUAACAUUUACGUGGUAGCACCAUUUAAUUCAACUUAUGAUGAAAAUUUUCGAGUUGGAUUUCAUAAGUUGUUUGAAUUUGGGCAUACAAAACGCGUGUGGAGCCGUUUUUAUUCUAAAAAACCGAACUGUGAUCAUAAACCAACAUUUUUUACAAGUGCUAGUAUUGAAGAUGUCUACUUUGCAUUUCAAUUAUUUGUUUAUGGACUCUUUUUGGCAAUUUUUGUUUGGAUUCUGGAAUAUUUGAUUCAUAAGUUUUACUUGAAGAAAAGGUUAUAAUUUUUAAAGGAAUACAAGGCAAUGAUUCUUUAUACGUUCAAAGGACAAUGAAUUUCAAAAUUAUGCAAACUAGAACUAAGC